UCUGGUUUCCUGAACCCAUUCCCGUAAUUCCAUCCUACAGACAUCCAUCCGAGUUCUCGGGUGUCCUUUUUCCCUGCCUUGUUCUUCUUCUACAUUUUACAGACUGUCCAAACACAUCACUUUAAGCAGGCAAAAUCUCCCCUUUGCUUGAAAUGUUUCCUGAGUCUCUUAUGGCGACAACGGCGCUCGAGGAAGAGGAACAACCUCAAGGAGAAGAAGACCCACCAGCUCAGAAGCUUCUCUCGUCGUUCCUUGGACUUAGUUUCUGUGUUUUCUUGGCGUCUGCUCCCAAGAACUCGCUGUCGUUGGUGCCGAAUUUGCAUGCUCAAAUCCAGGCGUUGCGUGCGAGGCUUUUGACGGCGGAGGAGCAGUUGAGGCAGAUGAAGUCUAGAAGAAAAGAGGACUCCAAAGCGAACGCGAGAGUGGUGGAGAUCUUCGCGAGCCACAGGAACGCGUGGCAGGAGGAAGAGAAGCAGCUGCUGCAGCAGAUCGAGAAUCAGAGGGCUAAGAUUGAGGACAUGGAGAGGGAGAGGCAAGAAUCGAAGCAGAGGAUCGAAGAGCUGGAGGAGAUGAUUGGAUUCAUGUCCAGGAGAGAUGGUGGAUGCCAGCUUGAGGAGGAGGCGGAGGAAUUGGGGGUAGCUGAGACCAGGGAGUGCUAUGGAGUGGAGGAGGAAGUCAAUGUGAAUGGUGCCACCGGUGGUGGUGGGUAUGGACAGUAUGGGAAUUUCGGGUUGCCGCCGGAUUUCUUAGCUUCUGCUUCUAAAUUUUGGGGUGAGAGAGCUAAUCCAUGGCAGGAUGUACAGUAUGAAUCUCUGGACUCGACGUAUAAUACGAAGCAUUUUGUUGCCAGAAGGGAGUCCCCUUGGAAGGUAGAUGGUGAAUCAACAGGAGUUUCCUCUAAAUUAAAGUUGCUGGAGCAGGAACUUUUGAAUUUGGAAAAAAUUGGCAACAGUGAUCUGUCGAAGGUACCUUCACUAUUAAGGAAGCAAGCUAAGAGAUAUCAAGCUCUUACUGGCAAGAUAGAUGAUCUAUGUAGAAGAAUGCAGGCUAGUGAUCCCUCUGAACCCACUCUGAGUCCUGAGUUCCGAACACAAAGACAAACAGAGUUUCUACUUGAAGCAUUUAGACUUCAGCAACGUGGAUCUGAAACCGGACAAAAGCUAAUGGCAUUGCAAACUGAGAUUGGGAAGAGUUACCAUGCAGAUGAGCUUGGAAGCCCGGAGAAACUCACCACAAGGCGAUCCUUUGAUUCCAUAAGAAACAACUUGAAAGAAAUACAGAGAAACCUGGAGAUAUGGUUGGCCAGAAUUAUUGGGGACCUCGAAGGAAUCUUGGCAAGGGACGGUAGUUCUCGAGUUAGGGAGUAUUGUAGUAUUUCUAGAUAUCCUUUUGUUCAAUAAAAAUAUUAAACAAAAAAAGUGUUCCGUAAUUUAAGUUGCAUGAUUUUAACAAUUAAAUAGAUAAUGGGGGUUUCA